AUGGGGCUUUUCGAAGCCAUUACCGUUUCCGGAGAUACUGAGCCUGCAGCGUUCUUCCAAAUCGAUGAUCGCGGUAUACUUGGCUUAGGGACAGCGCCACGUACUUCCUUCGGAAUGAUGAGGACGUGUGGUAACGUCUUCCUUCCCAAAAUAUGCCCGGGAAGCUCAGGCAGCGUGAAUGUCUCGCGUGACGAGCGUUGGACAAACUCUAGUACUGAAGGCUGGGACUGGAGGAUACCGGAAGAUCUGGCUCAACUAUAUCAAAGCGGCUUGAAGUUGCAACCUUCGACCGUGUCAAGCUUCUUCGAUAUCGAAUCCCGGCUGUACAACAUCGAAUUCAAUCCGGAUCAGAACAACCAAACCUACAUAGUGGAUUCCUUUCGACCUCUCGGCAGUUUCGUCCUCAGUGACAAGGCCACAGCAGUGGACGGGCUCAUCAUCGAUGUAGAGAAUGGAGCAAUAGGAUUCAGGAACCACACUGCACCCACGCGGGCACAAUUUGGGGCGGAGUGGGAGGAGGAUCUCCUCUUCCUUCAACCGGAGACAUCCUGUGCGUCGCUGAAUCUGUCCCUCCGCCUCGAUAUCCCACAAUCAGGUAACGAUGGCGAUGGAACGCAGUAUCUAGUUGACAACGGCGGCUUCGUCAACAUGGAUGUCGAAAGCCCAUGGCGACUGAAGAUGGGAGAUUACGUCUGGUACGACAAUACUCAGGAAGACGCACAGCUUGAGUGGCGGGCUCGAGCAACAGCGUGGACUGUGGACGUGCUGCACGCCUAUUUCAUGAAUGUUACGAAAGCUGGCGAUCGCAAAGCGUACAUUAACUCAGAGCUAGGAAGGCAAUUUCCCAUUAACAGCACCUUUCUAAAGAGCGAUGUCAAUCAAAUUGAUGCCACGGACCACUACUAUGCCCUCAUAACGAACUAUCCAAGCGCCGCCGAGAUCAACGGAACAGUCGAGAUCUACAACCAGUCUUGGGCCGGCAAUUAUUAUCCAAACCCAUUCAAUAUGUCGAGCUUGAAUUUCACAUACCUCGGAGAUCAGUGCUCAGGAGUCGGAUCAGACCUGGUGGGAAUGGUGAACAUGACCAACAUCCACGUCAAGUGUGGUCUAGUGUCUGGAACAGGACAACCUCUUGGUGGAGGAGAGAAAAUGCUGAUUCCCAGACCAAACACAAAUUGGACGAGGCCUGUUUACAGUUGCGCCAGCGCCGUUAAAGCCACAAUCAAAACAGUCCGCCUUCGAUACAAUUCUACCAACAACGAUCCUCAGCCAUUCAACCGCCUCGAAGUUGUGAGUAUCUUGGACAAGACCUACGACAAAGAUAACUUGCCACUCUGGGGCAUAGAAGACGCGAAUAUGACGGUCAUGAAUCUAGACCCUCUGUGGGGACUCAUCGACCCUGAGCAAGCGAACCACGUCAACCUUUCGACGAUCCGUUCUGACCAUCUGUACCUACCCGCCGGCUCAAGCUCGAUAAUGUCAGGCAGCGGAGGUACGGUCUACAUCCCGGCCAGCACAAUGCCCACGAGCGUGUGGUCGAAAGUCUACGAUACCGGCAGUACGCUGAACACAGGCACCGACUAUACCGGUGCCAGUAAUCUGGCCCUGUAUAAAAAAUGGGACAACCUCACCCAGACUGCCGGUGGGACUGCACAAAUGAUGAAUCUCAUGUGGAUGGACUAUGCUGCAAACGCUCUGACUGGAUCGCGUGGCCAGCUCACAACGAAUCUGCUUCCCCCAAACCUGGCCCCUACGCUCAGAACGAGCCACCACAUGGCAAAGCGAGAGGGCGAUGACGAUCUACCGAGCACAGUGUGCCAGUUCACCUUUAUCGCCGCACUAUCCGGUAUCGAUGGCCACAUGCAGACCGAGACGAAAGAGUGGAUUCGCAAUGUUGGCAGCGCGGACAUCACUAUUACGCGCAGUUGGGGCGCGCAUGGUGGACUUGGUCCGCAAAAUGCUGUCACUGGCGGAGGAGGAUUUGCUGGGGUAGCGACGAAUUAUGAGCGUGUUGCGCAGAGGGAGGAAGAGGAUUCGAGUGAAGGAGUUGAGAUGAAGGACGCGGUGGUAGCGCAGACGAAGCCUCUAGCUGGGCACGGGAACGUGAAUGGUGGUGGAUCGCCAGAGGUGCAGUAUCGGCCGAACGCUGGUAUGAAUCAAGACUAUGUCGUGCAUAGGUAA